AUGCAUAUUGUUAGCAAAACUAGAGUGCUUAACAAACUAACCAAGCUAAAAACCAGUUUAUUAUCAACAACACCAGUCAUUACGAGUUCUUUAAAGGUUAAUAAAGUAGCUCAACGUAUGAUUUCAGUGUACCUUAUUAUACUUGUUGUGCAGACUGUCUUGGAAAUCAAUACUGACAUGGACGUAUGGAGAUGGUUCAAAUGUCGUGAUUAUCAACAAGGGAAAUUGGGGGUAGAAGCGGUGGUAAUUGGUCAAAAGUUAAAGUUGCUUGGUGGCCCCAAACAUGUUUCUGUCAUCUAUGAAGCACUCAAAGCAAGCAUGGGAUCGGGUAUCCAGGACCUUGAGUUUUUAGUUGUCUUGGAUAUUUGGGAUUGUGCGUUGGUGAUUUCAUUCUGGAAAAUUGAUGGAGGUAUGCUUCGGGUGUACUCUCAUUAUAAGACAAUAAAAGAUAUAUUCUAUGCUCACGCCGGCAAUGAUUUCAAAACCCCAUAUGCAAACUUGGGGAUACAUUACACUAAUUGGAAACGUAGCGAGUCUGUCCCUGGAAGUGAAAAGGAAGAGCAUCAAUCUAAAUAUGAAGUAUCUGUAAGUUUUGAGCUGUUGGAUAUAUGGACGUUACCACCAAAAAAACGACCGGAGAAGAAGUAUAUUUGGCAAGCGGUGAGCUAUGGCUAUCAUUAUUUUGGUAGGCUCAAUACUGGUUACUAUUGUGAGAAUAAUCCAUAG